AGUCUCUCUAUCUCUCUCCCUCCCUCCCUCCCUCCCAUACAAGGAAACGGAAUGGAUGAUUGUGGAUUGAGUGAGAUGAGAAGCAUCGGCGGCAGCAAAUACUGCUACUACUAGCAAAGACGACGGCGACGAUUUAUGCAUAAGACUCGACCACACCAGAGUAAGAAAUUCAAGUCCUUGCUGCUUACUGCUGCUGCUGAGUUUGCAAGCCUUCGUCUGAGUUGAGUUGACUCGUCUCCUCUGUUCUCGUCUCCUUUGCAGCGUCCAAGAUUCAACCGUACUUUCCUCCUCAGUCGUUUCUUCUUUAGGAGCAGUCUUUCGGCUUCGUGCAUUACGGAUACGGAAUAAUUUCGCCGGCGGGUCGUUGAUUGUUGGAUGUCAAGAUGAACGCGGCCGAGAACGGAUUUAGCGGAGCCGAGAGAGAGUACAUUAGGAAGCAUCACAGUCAUCAGCCGGCUGACAAUCAAUGCAGUUCCAUUCUCAUCAAGCGCAUCAAAGCUCCCGUUCAUCUCGUUUGGUCUCUGGUUAGGAGGUUUGAUCAGCCCCAGAAAUAUAAACCAUUUGUCAGCAGGUGUGUUGUACGGGGAAAUCUUGAGAUUGGAAGCCUUAGGGAAGUGGAUGUCAAGUCAGGGCUUCCCGCCACUACCAGCACUGAGAGGUUAGAGCUUCUUGAUGAUGAAGAGCAUGUGCUCAGUGUGAGAUUCAUUGGAGGUGAUCAUAGACUCAAGAACUAUUCCUCAAUUAUUUCAGUCCAUCCAGAAGUCAUUGAGGGACGACCAGGAACCCUCGUCAUUGAGUCUUUUGUUGUGGAUGUGCCUGAAGGAAACACCAAUGAUGAGACUUGCUAUUUCGUUGAAGCAGUGAUCAAGUGCAAUCUUAAAUCACUUGCUGAUGUUUCAGAGAGGCUUGCUGUGCAGGACAGGAGUGAACCCAUUGAUCGGGAAUGAGGAAACUGGGAAGAUCUAUUUUAGGCUAUAUUCGCCAAGGAUGAAGCUUCUAUCAAGAGUUAUGAUUUUCUGAGGCUUCGGAGGCUGACUGGUGGAAGCUGGUUGUCCAUAUUGCAGAGGCUUAUGCUGCUUUCUCGUUCCUCUUUUGUUCACUAUGUUACACUUUUUUUUAUUUCAAGUCUUAUUGAACUCUCUGUUUGUAGUAGCCCAAGAACCACAAAUUUUAUAAAGGUUUCAAACCCCAAAAAGAAUGUCAAAUGCACGAGCAAAGCAAUGCUUGAUGUGUCUGUCUUUCUGGUUUUGACUCUGUUGGUAUGUCAUACUUUUUAAGAGUUGUAAAUAUAGAUGUAUGUGGCGGAGGGUACUAAUGUAGCUAUAUUCUCUCUGCUGAA